AAAAAGCAGAGAGAGAGAGAGAGAAAUUCACUUUCUCAAUAGGACAUGGAAUUAAAAGCAUGUGAAUGUCUUUUUGCUGGCCUUCCAGGUAGUCCUCAUUUCAGUGACUGAGUAACACUGGCUCGCGAUUAUCUUGUCCAAAUAGGUCCAGGGCAAGGAUGACUCCCCAGCCAUGCCCUCCUAAUAGUACAACUGCCUCUUUUCUGAAAAAAACAAAAGAGCAGCCAGUGGAGUCCAGAGCCACUGCUUACAUUAAAUAGUACACUCACUACUCAUCCAGGGACCCCCCAGAUCUUAAACAACCAAUCCUUUCUUUUUUAUAAGUGACAUAUUUUCAAUGACAGACUCACACACGAUGCUCGUCCCCACUGUCCCUAAUCCAGGUAGUGCUGAGUUUCCCGGGCGCCCCUGUCAGCCUCUGGAAUGGGCCAGGAAAGGCGGGGGCCCCUAAACAGAAGGGCCAGAACUUGCUUCCUCACUCUGUUCUCUGGGGCAGCACCAGGCAAACAGCCACGUCCUGGAGCUACGGUGUCGCCCUCCAUGGCUUUGCUAAGUGAACUUCCACCGAGUCAUCUCUCCUGGGAAAGAGAUUUCUUACAAACCAUUCAAAGCUUUCCAAAGGGCAAAAGCGAGAUGGUCGCGAGCCAGUGUUACCAUACAUGCUUCCACUCCCCCUCAACUCAUUUCGGAAAUAAGGAAGGAAAGAGACGGUCAUCCCUGCUGGCUUCGUCGCCUCACCCAGCGCGCCCCCGCUCCCGCCCUAAUUAAGAAAGACGCUAAAAGUAAAGUUAAUGAAGUGGCGUUUUAAGCGUUGUUGAAUUAAAAAGCCAUCCUUUCAGACCAAAGCCUUCUCCAUCAUCCCCCAACACUCGAGCACAAAACCUUCCGGGCGGACCCCCUUGCCCUUCACUCCUUGGCGAGGUCCUCGGGGAUGGGUGGGCGAGCUGGGGGUGGGGGAGAGGAGGGGAAAGGGCAGGAGGGGGCUGGAGGCCGCGUGCCCACGGAAACCCUCUGCCAGGAGCUGGGCAGCCCAGCCGUUUCCUAGGACCGUGCCCACGCUCAUCCCCCCUCCCCCCCCUUGCCCAUCUCUCUCCCCGGUGCAGGCUGCCAGCCUGGAAUGGUCUAGGGACCAAUGAGGUGGCAGCGGUUGGCGCACGGAUCCCCGAAUUUAUGAGUAUUUGACCCGACUCAAAAUGUGCAAAGAAGAAUAAUGGAAGCCCCUGAAUACCUUGAUUUGGAUGAAAUUGACUUCAGUGAUGACAUAUCCUACUCGGUCACAUCCCUCAAGACCAUCCCAGAACUGUGCCGAAGAUGUGACUCACAGAACGAAGACAGAUCAGUUUCUAGCUCCGGCUGGAAUUGCAGCGUCACGACGCUUAUUACGAACGCGCAGAAGCCCACAGGGAUCGCGGACGUGUACAGUAAAUUCCGCCCCGUGAAGCGCGUGUCCCCGCUGAAACAUCAGCCGGAGACUCUGGACAACAACGAAAGUGAUGACCAAAAGAACCAGAAGGCAGAGUACCAGAAAGGGGGGGACACUGACGCAGACCCCCAACCCGAAGAGCUCAGCCCCGGGGGAGACAGAGAGGGCGGCCCCCAGACGAAGACCACGGAGCCCAGCGCCUUGCUGGGCGAACUGGAGCACUAUGACCUGGACAUGGAUGAGAUUCUGGAUGUGCCUUACAUUAAAUCCAGCCAACAGCUCGCCCCGUUCCCCAAGGCGGCUGCAGAAAAAAGAGUCUUGGGCUUAUGCACAACCAUCAACGGCCUUUCUGGCAAAGUCUGCGCGACAGGAAAUGCUGAGAACUCACCGUCCAACACCACACCCUUCUGUGUCCUUUCUCCCGUGAAAAGCCCUCACCCGAGAAAAGCAUCCUCUGUCCUCCGCGACCAGCCUAAGCUCUCCCCGGAAGACGCAGAGAGCUCGCCGCCGCUGGCCAAGUGUGGCUCUGCUGCCUAUGAGCCGGAAAGCCAGAGCAAGGACUUCCUCAGCAAGGCCUUCAGUGAUGCUCACAGCCGAAACGUGGAGAGGCCCCUGCCGGACUGCCAGCUCAGGACCUUCCACCUGCAGACCUCCGCAGCGGAGCCCAAACUGGAAGAGCAGGUCGGCGGCCUGAGCUGGACCAGCUCCCAAGGCCCCGAAGAAAGGACUGAGUAUCUGCAAAAAGUAAAAAGCAUCUUGAACAUCGUUAAAGAAGGACAGAUCUCUCUCCUGCCACACCUAGCUGCUGACAAUCUAGACAAAAUCCAUGACGAAAGUGGAAACAAUCUCUUACACAUUGCCGCGUCGCAGGGCCACGCGGAGUGCCUGCAGCACCUCACUUCUUUGAUGGGAGAAGAUUUCCUCAAUGAGCGGAAUGCCGCGAAGUUGACUCCAGCGGGCCUGGCCAUCAAGAAUGGUCAGUUAGAGUGCGUGCGCUGGAUGGUGAGUGAAACGGAAGCCAUUGCAGAACUGAGUUGUUCUAAGGAUUUCCCAAGCCUUAUUCAUUAUGCAGGUGGCUUUGGCCAGGAAAAGAUUCUUCUGUGGCUUCUUCAGUUCAUGCAAGAACAAGGUAUCUCAUUGGACGAAGUGGACCAGGAUGGCAACAGUGCAGUUCAUGUAGCCUCUCAGCAUGGCUACCUCGGGUGCAUACAGACCUUGGUUGAGUACGGAGCAAAUGUCACCAUGCAGAACCACGCGGGGGACAAGCCCUCCCAGAGCGCCGAGCGCCACGGGCACACCCUGUGCUCCCGGUACCUGGUGGUGGUGGAGACCUGCAUGUCACUGGCCUCUCAGGUGGUGAAGUUAACCAAGCAGCUGAAGGAACAAACAGUGGAACGGGUCACACUACAACACCAGCUCCAGCAACUUCUAGAGGCCCAGAGAUCUGAGGGCAAGUCACUCCUUUCUUCGCCCAGUUCGCCAUGCUCUCCCGCUUCCAGAAAGUCCCAGUGGAAAUCUCCAGAUACCGAUGAUGAAUCUGUAGCCAAAAGCAAACCAGGAGUCCAAGAGGGGAUGCAGGUCCUUGCCAGCCUGUCAGCAUCCAGCCGGGCCAGGGCUAAAGCAAAAGAUGAAGAUUCAGAUAGAAUCCUUCGCCAGUUACUGGGGAAAGACAUCUCAGAGAAUGUCUGUACCCAGGAAAAGCUGUCCUUGGAAUUCCAGGAUACUCAGGCUUCCUCUAGAAAUUCCAAGAAGAUCCCUCCGGAGAAGAGGGAACUGAAGUUAGCCCGACUGAGGCAGCUGAUGCAGCGAUCACUGAGUGAGUCGGACACAGACUCCAACACCUCAGAGGACCCCAAGAGCACUCCCGUGAGGAAGGCUGAGCGGCCCAGGCCGCAGCCCAUCGUGGAAAGUGCGGAGACCAUAGACAGCGCAGAAAGCUUACACUUGAUGAUCAAGAAACACACUUUGGCGUCAGGACGCAGGUUUCCUUUCGGAAUCAAGGCCUCCAAAUCUCUGGAUGGCCACAGCCCAUCUCCCACCUCAGAGAGCAGCGAACCAGACUUGGAAUCCCAUGGUCCAGGCUCAGGGACCACUCCCCCAAACCAGCCCUCUGGAGACCCCACUCUGCCCAGCCCUGACAGCACGGCUGCCCAGAAAGUGGCCACGAGUCCCAAGAGUGCCCUCAAGUCUCCGUCCUCCAAGCGCCGGACAUCUCAGAACUUGAAACUCAGAGUCACCUUUGAGGAGCCCGUGGUGCAGAUGGAGCAAACUGGCCUUGAACUCAAUGGAGAGAAGGACAGAGAUAAGGGCAGGACCCUCCAGCGGACCUCCACAAGUAGCGAAUCAGGGGAUCAGCUAAAAAGACCUUUUGGGACUUUCCGAUCCAUCAUGGAGACACUCAGUGGCAACCAGAACAAUAAUAAUAAUUAUCAGGCGGUCAACCAGCUGAAGACUUGCACACUGCCCUUAACCUCAUUUGGAAGGAAGACGACAGACACCAAGGGAAACCCCGUGAGCUCUGCUAGCAAAGGAAAGAAUAAGGCGGAGAAGGCCAGCAGCUGCGUCAGCCUUCCCUCUAACACGCUGACUGAAGAGCAUCUACAAAACUGCGCACGGCAUAAUGACAUCAAUAGAAGAAUGAAGAAAUCCUACAGCAUAAAGCACAUUGCUGAGCCAGAGCCAAAAGAACUCUUCUUGUAAAUCACUUUUUUAUCAUCGCUGCCCUCUGGACACCAUUGGAAACUGGACUCUCCUCUGUGGAAAUAGAACGAUGGGAACAAUGCCUCGCCAGCAGCAGAACAGAGUAUCAGGAUGCCUUAAAUCUAUAGUGGUAGCCUAUAGAAGACACAUUUUGGGGGGGUGAUAUUUGUAUAUAUAACUUGUUU